AUGGCUUCGAACGUGGCUGCGGACAAGCCACGGCGCAGCACGCGUCGGCCUGGCCCAAAGCCGCAGAACAACCAGACAGAAAAUGACGAAAGCCUAGAGAAACGGCGGCAGCGGAACCGCAAAGCGCAGCGCCUGUUCCGGCUCAGGCGUCAAGCUGCCCACGCGAACUAUGAGAAGAGCCUGCUGCACAUGGAGGGAGCCCUCGAGCAGAUGGCUUCGACGUUCCUUGACUUCACCAACGGCAUCCUGCAGUCGCCGCUGAUAACGCGCGACCCGGACCUCAUUCUGAAGCUCAGGACGGCAACCGACAGCAUUCUGUUUCUGUGUCAGGGGGGCAGCAAUGAAUCAGGGAACGGUCCCGACAACGGCCAAGACAGCACAGAGACUGCCGCUCCCGACGUUGAUCACCUUGGCUACCAGAACGGCAUUUACGGAAACGGAGGGCAUCCCCAGGAGCCGGUUCUGGACAACAUGCUCCUCGACUUGGAUGCCCUCAACCAGCCCCUAUCUGCACCUGCUCCUGGCAGCAGAGGUUCGACCGCUCGGCCCAACCUCAUCGCGUCGCAGCCGCCGCAGAUCAAGAACAUCUUUGGCAACGGUUUCAUGAACAUGCCGCCCAUCGACUUUGCGGACUGUGCCAACACCGCGACUAUCCUGAAAGUGUACCCGGCCGACGACUCGCUCAGCAUCAUGGUGACCAGGGCUUCUCUCCAGAACGCCUACGACGCCAUGCUCAACGACGUGGAGGCGAACACCCCAAUGGUCGACAGGAUAUUUGGGUUCCCGUUGAAAUUCCGCACGCGGGAAGAGAUCCUCAUGGUGCUGCGGUGGUACCUGCGGCCUCAGACCCCGGAGAUUGUUCGACUAGCCACGGCCGAGUUCGAUGAUUAUCUGGUGGCUCAGUACUAUCACGGCAUCGUCACGUCGCAGUAUCGAGCGGUCGAGGGCGUGUUUCGCGGAGACAAGCUGAAGCCAUUGGACAUGGGCUCUCCGCCGCCGCCUCAGAGCCGGCUUCUGAACGCCUACCAGAUCGAGCAGUGGCUGUUAGCUUGCGGAAUGAAGUACAUUGAUGUCGACACAAUUGAACUCACAGACCUCAAGCCGACGGGACUGCUGCUCAGCACGAGGCCGCCGGACGACCCAGACGUCCUUCUGGCGACGCUCAAGACGUUGCAGCAAGAGAUGCCUCUGCAUCACGGUUCCGUGUUCGACGGCCAGAUGGCCGCUGGAUAUACCGCCACGGGCUCGGACGCAUUUCCUAAGAACAUCCGUCUGUCUAGGGCGCGGCUGAUCCACGUCCUCACAGGGAUAUCCUUUUGCAUCGAUAAAGGGCCGGCGUACUGCGAACAGGCGCUUUUGGAGGCGGUGGUUACGGCAAUAGUGUCUGAUGGGUGCUGA